UAUAAUACGUGUCUAAUGCGCGUUCUUGUGUUAUUGCGUAUAUAAAGUCUUAACGGGAUGAGCCGUAGAUGAAGAGCUAAAACUGAUAUUUAUUUCAUGAGGAAAAUGAAGGGUGAGUUCUUUACAUUGGUGGCAAUAAUGUCUCUACUCUUAGCCUUCUCGUUUGUCCAUGGAGGAGGAGAGUCUGAAACACCUGCUAAUGCAGCCGCCACCCCAAGUAGUCCAACCGGAGGAUCCAGCAGCUCAAGCGGUUCGGCUCAUGGACCUAAUUGGGGAUAUAGUUGGGGAUGGGGUUCAACCCCAGGAGGUGGUUAUGGCUAUGGUUCGGGUUCUGGUUCCUCACCAGAAGGAGGAGGCAAAGGGGGUGGAUUCGGGUUUGGUUCGGGUUCGGGGUCAGGAACUGGAUUUGGGUCUGGUUCCGGAGGAGGAGGAGCCACAGACGGUGGUUCUGGCCAUGGAAGUGGAACCGGGCACGCAGGUGAAGGUAGUGGCUCAGGCGAUGGAAAUGGUGGAGGAUCACCAGGUCGGAGAGAGAGGAGCCAACACCGCUAAUAUGAGCGUUCUUGUUAUAUUACCUUAACAGAAUCAUACAUGCAUAAGAUGAUAAGACUAAAGAAGGAACAAAGAGAAAAUACUAUAUUGGCAGCUUAAUUAAUGCAUAAAUAAGGAUCAAAAGAAUAAGUAGCUGGGCUUUAAUUACCGCUGUCCUUUGUAUUAUAGUUAAACCUAUAAUAUAUAUAUUGUGUUCUUGCGCCAAACCUGCAUGCUCAAAUUUAAUACUUAAAGAUGAUGAUCAUAUUACAAACAGUGAGUAUGAAGUGUGGCUUUUAAAGUGUG